CGCCGUAUGGGCUGAGGACUCGAGGAAAGCAGGGUUCGACCGCACUGGGAUCACAGGCAGGAGGCACAGAGACACGGCUGCGGCUCCACCUCGAAGAACCACCGGACAGGACAGGACAGGAACGAGACCGUGCGGGAUCAACCAGCUCACGGAGGCGGGACCAUGUCUUUCUCUGGGAUACUGAAGGAUGAGGACAUCAAGGCUGCGGUGCUGGCGUGUGAAGCUCCAGGCACAUUUGAUUAUAAGUUGUUCUUCACUCAAGUGGGUCUGUUGAGCCAGCAGGACGUGGAGGGAAAGACGGUGUUUAAUGUUCUGGACCGAGACCAGAGUGGCUUCAUCGAAGAAGCGGAACUGAAGUUUUUCCUGCAGAAUUUCUGCUUGGGAGCCAGGGAGCUAACUGAGGCAGAGACCAAGGCUUUCAUAAGUGCUGUGGAUAGAGAUGGCGAUGGAAAGAUUGGGGUUGAAGAGUUCUGCACGCUGCUGAAGUGAAGCUGAAACAUCGAUUAUUGAUCUGGCAUUCUCUUUUGUGCGGCCAAUGAAACCCCAGCAUUCCCGUCUGAAUUAUUCCUUUUAUAACACUGUAGCUAUGUCUGCUUUAGCUAGCACUUUCAGACGCUGCUCAGGGAUUUGCGAUUAAUCAAAAACAAGACGUGGAAUUUCGAUUUAUAAUUAAACCUGUAACUAAUAAGCGACAAAUGACAAAUGUGCUAUGAAUAAAGAAACUUACAUCUAAA